AUGCUUCUUAUCGGGCUCACGGGGUCGAUUGCCACGGGCAAGUCGACCGUCUCGACACUGCUGUCAGCGCCACCGUACAGCCUUCCAGUCAUUGAUGCCGACCUGCUGGCCCGCCAGGUGGUCGAGCCGGGCACGCCGGCCUACGGCAAGGUAGUGGCCUACUUUGGGCCGACGACGCCCGACCUGCUGCAGGAGGCGUCCGAGCCAGGCGGCAGACGGCCGCUGAACCGUGCUGCACUGGGCCGCCGCGUCUUUGGCGAUGACCCGGAGCGUCGCCGCGACCGUGCCGUGCUCAACGGCAUCGUUCAUCCGGCCGUGCGUGCGGCCAUGUACCGGAUGAUGGUGCGCUGUUACGUGACAGGCUGCUGGGCCGUCGUGCUGGACGUGCCGCUGCUGUUUGAGAGCCGUCUGGACGUGCUGUGCGGCACGGUGAUGGUGGUGGCCGUGCGCGAUCAGGCCGUGCAGAUGGCCCGGCUGCGGGCUCGCGAUCCGCAUCUGACGGCGGAGGACGCGACCAACCGCGUACGAAGUCAGGGCGAUGUGCGGGACAAGGCGCGGCGCUGCGUUGCGCGAGACGGAUCUGCCUCUGCGAGCGGCACGGCAACAGCAGGGGCCAAGCCCCCCCGACGAGACGUUGCCCGUGGCAUCGUUCUGUGGAACGACGGCGAUCGGGAGGAGCUGGAACGACAGGUGGCUGCGGCCGUGGAGAGGCUGCGUGCGGCUAGCCCACCCUGGUGGCAUCACGCGCUGCUGCUCUGUCCGCCGUUGGGCCUAGCAGCCGCCGCAUGGACAUACUGGCAGAACGUGCGGAUCAACCGGCGCUGGCAGGCAGAGGAGCAGCGCACACGGGCGAACCUGUAA